GUGCCUGGGGAGGGGGAGCACGCAGCGGGAGGAGCAGCCGCAGGCGGAGCGGCCCCGGGACCAGCCCCCCCUGGUGCGGGAGGAGGGGACUCCCGGGGCACCUGCAGCCGGCGCGCGGGCAUCGCUACCUUCCAGCCGCUGCAGCAGCACCGCGCAGGGGGGUCUGGGGGCCGGGCUCUGUGCAUGCAGCCGGUGGAGUGGGGAGCCGACCCCCGCCGGUUGGUGCAUGCCCGCUGCAGGCGGGCGCCGAUAACCCGGGCCCAGCGCAGUGGGGAGCUGGCGGCCGGUGCAUGCGGCAGGCGAUGCCCGCCGGCCGGGGGCUGAGCAAGACGGCGCUGGUCCCCGGCGCGGUGCCCCGGCCGAGCGCCCCCCAGGCCGCCCCUCGCCAUGAAGCGGCAGAACCUGCGCACGGUCUCGCUGAUCCUCUGCAUCUUCUCCUACCUGCUGGUGGGCGCCGCCGUCUUCGAUGCGCUGGAGUCGGAGGCCGAGAGCGGCCGCAGGCGGCUGCUGGAGCAGAAGCGGGGCGAGCUCCGCAGGAAGUACCGCUUCUCGGCCGACGACUACCGCGAGCUGGAGCGGCUGGUGCUGCAGGCCGAGCCGCACCGCGCCGGCGGGCAGUGGAAGUUCGCCGGCUCCUUCUACUUCGCCAUCACGGUCAUCACCACCAUCGGAACAGAAGCAGAUCGUCUCCAGCACUCACUCAGCUGCAGACUGAGAACCCCACGCACCUGAGACAGCCAGGAGCCAGGGAUACUCGCUCUGGGGACUUCACUAUAAUCUGUAACUGAGCUCACUAAAAGAGGGGCCUUCUUUGAGGGAAAGUCUGAUGCACCCAUACCUCCCUGCUGCUCCCUCUCUGUCUCUUUUCUACACAACAGUACUUGGGAGGCCAAAGGGCUUGAAAAUGGCAUUCAUACCCAGAGGACAGUGCUUCAGGCCCUAGCUACCUUCCCUUCCUCCUGAUCCCACGGCAGUAGCUGAAUGUCAUUGGGGAUCAAUGCACUUUUACAGCCCGCUGCGGUGAUGGGAACUUUAAGGUGAACGAUGCCGUGUCUUGAAACUGACACAGGCGUUUGGUAGAAGUUGUUCACUUGAAGGGAUUUUUGUUCCUGAUGCACUGGUGUCAGAAGUGAAAUUUAUUGACAGAUUGCACUGAUUCUCUCCUGCAAUGGAUCCCAUGAGAUGGGGAAGGAGCCCUAGCUUUUCCCACCAGCUGGGCCUGCUCUCAUCUGAGUGAAGGGUCUGAAGGCUUCUCAGCUUUCUGCCUUCAGAGAGGUGCAGAACAGAUCACCUUCAGAGUGUGGCCACAGCUGGAAACAGGACACCAGACAUGGGGGAUUCAGUGAGUCCUCUGAGGUGAUUCAGUGCUCUGAGGUGAUUCAGAGAGUCCUCUCUUAGAUGCCCAGCUGCUGUGUCGUGCUCAUGUAACGCUGACAGACCCCGGUCAUCGGUGGGCAGGACUGAACUUGGGACCUGUGGAGCCUAGUGUAUGAGCCUUUACUGCAUGAGCUAAAAGCCACCCGGCUCUUAGCUAAGGCUGUAGCAAACUCAUUCAUCUCUAAGGUCUAGUUUACACUGGCAACGCUAACGCGCUUGUGUGGUCACGGCUCUAAAAAACCCACCUCCACGCCGGGUGUAGCUCCUAGCACUGGGGCACUGUUUACACUGGCACUUUACAGCGCUGCAACUUGCUGUUCU